AUGUAUUCACAGCUACUAGAAGAAUCAUCUGAAGAAUUGCCAUUAGCCAUUAAGAUGUUUCACAGGCACUUCGUAAAGACGUUCUCAGUUGGUAUAGGUGUAAUUGAUAUAUUUACUUCAAAGUGA